UUGUAAUUGUUAUUUUCUAGUCAGUUAGGUCCCAAAAGUAUAGAAAACAGCUAUUGUCGCAAGAUAACUUUGCUUUUGUGAAUGUAAGCGUGAAUGGCCACAACGAACUGAAUUCACAGUGGGGAGGAACAACGUCAAGUGGGAGCCCUUGGUGGACCCCCAGAAGGUACUGAUGCCACCACUCCACAUCAAACUGGGUCUUAUAAAGCAAUUCGUCAAAGCUCUCGACAAAAAUUCUUCAGCGUUCAAGUACCUACAAGACUUGUUCCCUAAGCUCUCUGAGGCGAAAGUUACAGCCGGUAUCUUCGUUGGACCACAAAUAAAGAAAAUCUUCGAGUCUGAGGAAUUCCCCAAGAAGCUCACUCGUGUUGAGAAAGCUGCUUGGAUGAGUUUUAUGUCAGUGGUACAGGGAUUCCUAGGCAAUCACAAAGCCGCAAACUACGUGGAGCUGGUCGAAAGUCUGGUGGAGAACUACGGCAAAAUGGGCUGCAGGAUGUCUCUCAAACUCCAUAUUCUGGAUGCACAUCUUGACAAAUUCAAGGAGAACAUGGGAGCAUAUUCAGAGGAGCAAGGCGAGCGCUUCCAUCAGGAUAUAAUGGAAUUUGAGCGGCGAUACCAAGGACAAUACAAUGAGAACAUGAUGGGAGAUUACAUUUGGGGAUUGAAGUUUCCGAGGAAUAUUAGGUGGUUUCCAUACUUUUAAGGCAUAACAGACUAGGAAAUAACAAUUACAUCCCAAGGAC